AUGUUCCGAGACCUUGGCAGGGUCCAUAUCGUCUCGUUUGCCGUUGGAAUUGUUGGAUUAGUUAUAGGAAUUGUCGGCAUUGUCUUGGCUAUUGUUUUUGGAACUUCUCAAACCACAUGCGCAACUCCAGUGCCACCUACUGCUUGUCCAGUAGUAACUACUCAACAAUGUAAUACCAAUCUCUUCGCAAUCAGAACUACUGUCAAUGACUGGCCAUGGAGUGAGGAUUUGCGUAAUCCAAACUCAGAUGCAUAUAAAAUGGCUGUACAAAAUAUGACGAAUACACUCACUGCUUCCCUGAACACUGGAUUGAAUAGUAACCAAGUUUCGGCAAUUUUUAAUGUUCUUGCUGUCUCUGGGCCUACCUCAAACAACGUCAAAAUCGAAAUUAAUCAGUUUGCGGAUGGGGGAAACGGUCUCGCGAUAGCCAUUGGAAAUGGAGCUAUUUCUGCUGCCGUUCCUCUUGCAGCAAUGCCAAAUGCUACAAGUGUACAAACUGUGAUAACUCAGCAACCCAAUACUUAUAAGGAUGUCGAUGUCUCCCCACAAGUGUGCAACACCACUUGUACUCCAACAGUCUGUCCAACUUAUACUACUCCAACUCCUCCGGAUUGUCCGAUUUGUUCGACACCAACUCCGUCGGACUGUCCAGUUUGCACAACUCUAGCUCCAGUAACAUGUUCCACGCCAACGGUUCAAACUACACCAACAACAGUACCACUCACUACAACACCAACUCCAGUUGUGACCACUACUACAACAUCUAAACUGACAAGUGGACCAACUCCUCAAGGCACAACAACACCUACUGCCACUCAAACAGCAGCAUCUGUUCAAACCAGCACUGGAACUCAAACUACUCCAACUAGUGCAGCCACCACAGUUACAACUCAAGGUGGCUCAACUAGCGGACCCGUUAUAACUACUAACGGAGCUUCAACAUCAACAGCUCCAGGUACCAUAACGACAAACACACCAGCGGUUCCAUCAAGUUCUGCAAGCACAGUCACAAAUUCAGCAACGAGUACCACUCAAGGAGCCCCUAGCACUUCCAUUACGCCCCUAGUAACAAGUGCAUCAACACAAGGAUCCCCCACCACAGGUACACCCCAAGUAACAUCAACAAGCACGCAUGGAGCCCCAAGCACUUCCAUUACGCCCCCAGUAACUACCGCAUCAACACAAGGAUCCCCUACCACAGGUACACCCAAAGAAACAACAACCACGAUGGGAGUCCCUAGAACUUCACCCACAAUCCCCACAACUGUUGGAAUUAUUAGUUCCACAAUUCCCAGUACCCACAACCCUGCCACUUCAACACCCAUCCCCUCCCAAGCCCCCACUACCACUCAGAACCUUAGCACUUCUUCAGUAAUAACCAAAACUACACAGAACUCCCCAUCUAGUUCCCCUACCUCACUCCCAACUACCACAAACGUUUUAAGUUCCUCGACCCAAAUGAAAACAACCACACAAUUCCUAUCAUCUAGCUCCCCCGGUCCCUCAUCAUCAGUCCCCACUACCACUCAGAAUCUUAGCACUUCUUCACUAAUAACCAAAACUACAAAGAACUCCCAAUCUAGUUUCCCUACCUCAACCCCUACAACUACACAAUUCUUAUCAUCUAGCUCCCCCGGUCUCUCACCAUCAGUCCCCACUACCACUCAACAGAUCCCCACAUCUUCAGGACCAUCCACCUCAUCCACUGCCUCAAAUACCCAGACUUCAUCCCCUAACCUUUCCACGUCUUCUCCAUCGAUUCCAUCCACAUCUACUGCCCCGCUGACGUCAUCAUCUUCUCCAGGUACCUCGACUGCUAUGCCAACUAUUGCUCCUGACCAGUGCUACUAUCAAUCGAAUGUUGCCGUAGCGUUUGAAACGUCUAGUACAACUGACGAAAUUGAUCUUCAAAUUCAAAAUUUCAUAACAAAUAACUUGUUCUUCUACAGUGGCGCACCAUACAUUCUUGGUAAUAAAAAUGAUAAAAAGACAGAGCUUUCUUUGGUUCCAUACCCUAAUGAAGAUCAACUUAUUCCAUAUAUGACCUAUGGAGAAGCUUCAACUGCAACUGAAAUCAAUACUCUGAUGAGCCUAUUCCAGCAAUUAGCACAAGGACCGUCUUCAAUUGCUGAUGCAUUCAACGUUAUACCCAAGAAUUCAAGAAUUGGACCACCAGGAUUUGUGAUUCUUGUGGCUAACUCAGCGGAUUCUGUUCAGAAUGCUAUUUCUUCUGCUACAAACCUAAAGAAUCUUGGUUUCGAAAUAAUCACAGUUGCAUAUAAAUCGUCUGGACGGUUUACCGACUUAUCAUCUGAUCCAUCUUACAACUUCCAAAUUCAUCAAGAUGCGGAUCAAAGCGGGGUUGCAAUGGCUAUAGGAACCAUUUUGAAUUCCUCUUAUUGUCUUUCAUCGUAUUCUUCUUCUGCUGCUCCACAGUCUUCUUCCUUAGCUACUGUUGUGACGUCAACAACUGUUGGUGCUCCAUCUAGCUCUGCUGGCACGCCAUCUCCAUCUCCGAUAAUUUCUCCAACUGUAACAAUCGUUCCGGUUCAAUCCAGCUCAGUCAGUCCAGUACCAUCAAGCUCUCUUGGAACUUCAACAAUUGGAUCACAAUCAUCGACAGUGACUCUUCCCACUAUUCCUACAGCAUCCAGCUCUUCUCCCCCUCUAUCAUCUACUGCUACAGUUCCAAUUGGCUCAUCGACAUCAAUGUUCCGAUCCAGUUCAACAGUGAGCUACACAACAACAAACGGUCCGACUCCAACAACAUGUGUUUGUACGACUGUUGAAGCAGGAAGCACAACUCCUGGAUACAGUACUUCCACUUAUGCAACAUCAAUGGGAAGCAGUAGUUAUAGUACAGCAACGACUCCAGGAGGAACAUCUUCUACUUCUCAGCAGACACAACAAAGUUCGACACAAGGAGGGCCCACUUCGUCUCCCUCUCAACAAAGUACAACUCAGGGUGGAUCUACUGCCUCUCCAUCUCAGCAAAGUAGUACAAUGGGAGGGUCUACAUCACCAUCCCAGCAGAGCUCGACUAUGGGAGGAUCAACUUCGCCGUCUCAACAAACUUCAACACAGAGCUACAGUUCAUCAACUUAUAGUGCUACACCUUCUGUUCCAACUGGAUCAUCAACUUCAUCACCAUCUGUAACCUCAUCGGGGACCUCAUCGGGAACCGUCCCAUCAACUGUUGCCACGUCAACUCCUGUUCCAUCACCAACAACUUCUCAAAUCUGUCCAAACCAACAGACAGUGUUCAAUGGACAAGUUGGAGUUAUCUAUGAAAUGGUUCCAGUCUCAACUCAACAAGACACAAUCAACAAUUUUGUUGAAAACAUUCUUUUGAAUUCUAACUUCUACGGAUUGGCUGUUGAUAAUCUAACAAAUCAAAACCGUACUCUUGUCACUGCAAUUCCAUAUCCAUCAACUUCGAGCUAUAAUGUUCAAGGUUAUGGAAGUGCAAGAAGUGUAAAUGACUUCAAAAACCAAGUCAUUGCAUUCAAUGGUGUUGUUCAGCCUCUUAAGGGUGAUAUCUCCGACGCUCUUCUGUAUGUUACGCUGAAUAUGACGACCCCAGCUGUUAAAUCGUCUCUGAUCAUUGUUGGAAAUAGUAAAACUCUUAUAGCCGCAAGUGCACCAUUACUGGCUGAAACUCUUCGAGAGAAUUUUGACAUUUAUACUGUUGCCGUUGGAGACAAUGCUGCGGAUCUGUCCACUCUUUCCUCAGGAAAUGGAUACAGUUUUAUUGGAAACACUCAACAAAUUGCUGAUCAAAUCGGACAGAAAAUGGCAACAUCGAAUCCAGCCAUUUAUUGCCCACCUCCUGUUCUUUCGACAUCUGCACCCAGUACAUCGACAAUCAUCACAUCAUCUACUUCUCCUAAGAUCACUACAAUAACCUCAACAACUCGUCUAACUACUGUGCGACCUACAGUAGGGCCCUGUCAAUGUACUGGAAGAUGGGUAUACAACGGUGAUUUGGCGAUUGCGUUUGAGUAUUUGAGUGGAUCUGGUGGAUCUCAGAAUGUGACGAAUUUUGUCAGAAAUACUUUGUUGAGCAAUCCUGAUUCUUACGGUUUGAGUUUUGAUGUGAAUGGAAAUCAGCCAUCGAAGCUCACAAUCGUUCCAUAUCCAGACUCCAGUACAUACCCAAUCUAUCCGUAUGGAUCUAUCCAUAAUCCAUCUGAAAUUGGUACAUUCAUUGAUGCUUUCUCUGGUAUUCAAACUACAAGAAAAGAUCCUUCGAUUUCCGACGCACUUGAUCUUAUCGAUACCCUUGAAGUUGACACUGGCGUCGCCAAAGUUGCUCUUAUUGUUGGAUCCGAUGGUAGUGACGUCGCAUCAUCAACAAAUUCUGCUACGACACUUAAGGCUAAUGGAUAUACUGUCAUUACAGUUGCUCAAACUGCUUCUGCCGAUGUGUUCAGACCAUUGGCUUCCGGUAAUCAGUACGCUCUUCACAUUGGAGAUGGAAAUGAUAAUAAUAUUGCAACACAAAUUGCUAACCUUCUCCUGGAUAUUAGCUUUGUUUGUUUUGAUGAUGGAUCGAGCACACCUUCUCCGAUCACAAGAUGUCCAGGGUCUCCAGGAACUACACAACCAGGAGUCUCCGGAACAACUACAAUUGCUCCGAUUGUUAGCACUAGUACAUCUGGAUCAACUGCUACUCAAGGUUCGUCUACUGUUCCAGGAUCUUCGAGCACAUCAUCAUCUGGAUCUUCUACGACACAGUCACCUGGAUCAUCCAGUACUGUAACAUCAGGUAGUUCUACUGCUAGUUCAACAGUAGCUCAGAGGUCGUCUACCGCACAAGUAACGGGAAGCUCCAGUUCAGUGGCAUCUACUGUUUCUCAAGGAUCCACUUCAGUUUCAUCAGUCGGAUCAUCAACGGUGACCAACUCUGGAUUGUCAACAACUCAAGCAAGCACAGUUUCCAUCGGAUCUUUUACAACUGGAUCCAGCCCUGCGGUGAACACUGGGUCUACAACAGCCGGGCCUUCAACUGCUAUUAACACUGGAAGUACUACAGUUGCAUUGAGUACAUCAAUGAACACUGGAUCAACUACUACUGGAUUAAGUACUGCCGCUAAUACUGGAUCUACCACAGCUGGUUCCUUUACUACUCCUCCUAGCACAGUUUCCUCAGGAUCCACCUCAACUGGAUAUAGUACUGCUGCCAACACUGGAUCUACAACUUCUGGUCCGAGCACUGUGGAAAACACAGGAUCAACGACAAGUGGAAGAUCAACUGCAACUCAAGGAUCUUCCACAGCUGCCAACGCUGCAUCCACUGCAUCUUCAGUUCAGAGUAGCUCAGUUGCAUCAACUACUUCUCAGAUUAUACUUUCUUCCACAUCUGCGAUCCCAUCAUGUGCGGCUCCGUACACUGGAAGAAUUGUGACGGUGUUCGAAUACAAUUCACCUGAUAUGGCAGAACUCCAGGAUGUCGUCACAUUUGUCAGGAAUAAUUCGUACAAUUCUGCCAAUUAUGAUUUCACUGGUAUCACUCAAGCAAUCAAUGUUCCAUACCCUGAUACUGACAGCUAUAAUGCAUAUAUUCAAAAAUUUGGUGACUCUAAGAGUUUGACUGAUCUUCAAAGCAAUAUUGACACUCUGGUAUACUAUGCAACUUUGCAUAAAAAUCCAUCAAUUUCAGAUGGACUUGCAUGGGUGCGCGGAAGCUUAGAACAGCCAGCAGCUGGGACGAAUACAGUUAUUAUUGUAGUUGGUCAUGACGCGGAUGACAACUUUGGACUGACUUCUAGUUACAUUAACCAACUGCAUGCUCAAGGAUACAAGUUCAUAUCCGUCGCAGUUGGAGCAAAUCAUGGAGACCUCUCCACAAUAGCAGAUAAACCCGAAUGGUACUUCCAAGUUGGUGAUUCAAAUGGACAAUCCGUCGCCGAUCAGAUCUCCUCAAUUCUUUGUAAUUUGUAA